GAAUAGGCCUACUAGGCAACGACUCCAUUACGAUCGGUCAGCCGUUGUCAAAAUCCGGGGUCUAGAUGGAGAUUGAUUGUUAACCCCGGAAUUGUAGUGUUAGAGGGUCAAGUUAAAUAGAUCGCUAACUCCCGCUAUCCAAAACUUCUCUCCAACAAUUAGCCCCGCUUAAUUACAUUCUACUCUCAUCACUGAACUCUACAAAUAGAAAAUCGUUACACAGACACUUCGAACCUGCCACGAUGCCUUCAAUUAUUGGAAAAGAAAUCGGCCACACUGGCUAUGGCCUUAUGAGAAUGACAUGGGUCCCGCAACCUCCCCCAAUUGAGCAAUGUUUCGAAACCCUCAACACCGCUCUCGAGCUGGGCUCCAACUUCUGGAACGGCGGCGAGCUCUACGGCACCCCCGACUACAACUCGCUGCACCUGCUCAACAAGUACUUCACCCAGUACCCUGAAAAGGCCAGCCAGGUGGUCCUCAGUAUCAAGGGCGGACUGAAACCCGACGCGUUCGUCAUCGAUGGCUCCGAGGCCAACAUCCGCCGCAGCGUCGACGAGUGUCUCCGUUUGCUCGACGGGAAGAAAUCCAUUGAUAUCUUCGAGUGCGCGCGCCAGGACCCCAACACGACGGUCGAGCAGACGGUCACCAUUCUGGCGCAGUUUGUCAAGGAAGGGAAGAUCGGCGGGAUUGGCCUGAGUGAGGUUGAUGGGGCGACUAUUCGGCGCGCAGCCAAGGUCCACCCCAUCGCAGCCGUCGAAGUCGAGCUGUCCCUAUGGGACACCCACACCUUCGACAACGACGUCAUCAUAGCCUGCGCCGAGCUCGACAUCCCCCUCGUGGCAUACUCCCCCCUCGGCCGCGGCGUAUUCUCCGGCGCGUUCACCAACGCCUCCACGCUCCCCGAGGGCGACAUCCGGCGCUGGCUGCCCCGCUUCCAAGACGAAGCCAUGGAGCAGAACUCCAAGCUCGUGAAAGAGGUCCAGAACCUUGCUGAGCGUAAGGGUUUCGCUGCGACUCAGAUCGCCCUGGCUUGGGUGCUUAGCCUUAAUGAUAGGCCUGGGAUGCCGACUAUCAUUCCCAUCCCUGGUGGUACUACCAGGGAUAAGGUCAGGCAGAACUUGCAGGCACCUCGUCUGUCUGAUGCCGAUAUGGCUGAGCUUGAGGAGAUUCUGCAGCGACAUGAGGUGGUGGGGUCUCGGUAUCCCUAAAGGUUGGCUGGAAGAUUGACUUGUUCGGCUCUUGAAAAUUAUGAGGGGAUGGGAACUUCCUCUUCUACUAUGCCUUUUUCUUUUGUUUGAUUUGAUUGUAUAUUACGGUCCGUAGAGACCAUGAUUAACACAAACAAGAAUUCCACUCACGACAGAUUUAUUUG